AUGAGCUUUGGAGGCCAAACUCCGACUAUUGUCGUUCUGAAAGAAGGAACUGACACCUCGCAAGGUAGGGGCCAGACAAUCUCGAACAUAAAUGCUUGUAUCGCUGUUCAGGACACCCUUCGCCCGACGCUAGGCCCUAUGGGAUCUGACGUUUUGGUUGUGGACCCGAAUGGCAAGGCAACGAUUUCCAACGACGGUGCGACGAUUCUGGGUCUUUUGGAUGUCGUUCACCCUGCUGCGCGUAUUCUUGUGGACAUUUCAAAGUCUCAGGAUGCUGAGGUUGGCGAUGGUACUUCAUCUGUCACCAUUCUUGCUGGCGAGCUGAUGCGAGAGGCAAAGCAAUUUGUCGAGGAAAACGUGCCUGUGGAGACCAUUAUUAAAGGCUACCGUAAGGCUUUGCGACUUGCUAUCAGCUAUAUCAAGGAGAUUGCUGUGACGAUCGACAAAUCUGAUCCGGAAAAAUUCCGUGGCCUUCUUCAGCGAUGCGCUGCCACCGCCAUGUCCUCCAAGAUUGUCAACGCCAACAGUGAAUUUUUCACAAAGAUGGUUGUUGACGCGGUCAUGACUUUGGACCAGGACGAUUUAAACAUCAAAUUGAUUGGUAUCAAGAAGGUUCUUGGUGGCUCCAUCGAGGAUACGUUGUUCGUCGACGGCACUGCCUUCAAAAAGACCUUCUCGUAUGCCGGUUUCGAGCAGCAGCCCAAGAAAUUUGAGGAUCCUAAAAUCGUGUGUCUCGAUGUCGAACUAGAGCUCAAGGCUGAGAAGGACAACGCUGAGGUCCGUGUUGACACCGUUUCUGACUACCAGGCAGUUGUUGACGCCGAAUGGAAAAUUAUUUUGGAUAAGCUUGAGGCUAUUGAAGCCACUGGCGCGCAGGUCGUUUUGUCCAAGUUGCCCAUUGGUGAUCUUGCCACCCAGUUUUUUGCCGAUCGGGAUAUUUUCUGUGCCGGCCGCGUUUCCAACGAAGACAUGAACCGGGUUCUCGCUGCUGUUGGAGGCCAGCUGCAAAGCACCACUUCGGAUAUCCAUGAGGAGCACUUGGGUACUUGCAAACACUUCGAGGAGCGUCAAGUCGGUGGUGAGCGUUUCAACCUCUUCACAGGCUGCCCUAAGGCCAGCACCUGCACUCUUAUUCUUCGUGGUGGCUCUGAACAGUUCAUUGCUGAGGUUGAACGCUCGCUGCACGAUGCCAUUAUGGUCGUCAAGCGGGCGGUUAAGAACAAUGUCGUCGUUGCUGGCGGUGGUGCCUGUGAAAUGGCAGUGUCCAAAUACCUUCGCGAAACUUCAAAGACAAUAAGAGGUAAGGAACAGCUCAUCAUUGCUGCAUUUGCUCGUGCCCUUGAGGUUAUCCCUCGUCAACUCUGUGAGAACGCCGGCUUUGAUAGCAUAGACGUUCUCAACCUGCUGCGGAUGAAACAAUACCAGGGCGACGUUUGGGCAGGUGUGGAUUUCUCGACAGGCUCUGUGGGCAACAACUACGAAAGAUUCGUUUGGGAGCCUUCUCUUGUCAAAACCAAUGCUCUUCAAGCCGCAACUGAGGCAGCAUGUAUUGUCCUGUCGGUGGACGAAACCAUAAAGAACGAAGAGUCGGCACCGCCCCCUCAAGGUAUGCCAAUGCCUCGAUAA